UAUUGCAUCGUGAAGCACCUUUAUUUUUAAGAGUGUAUUCAAUAUUCUCCCUAUGCACAGUACACAUAAUAAUAAUAUACAUAAUGCACAAUACAACUUGCAGUUGCAGUAUGCAGUUACUGUGGACACUCACAUUAGUGUUCCACAGUUUAAUAAUGUAUUUAGUAAAGGAGGUGGCAGCAAGCCGCCCACGUUGUGGUCUGUUUUGUGCCAAGCUUUAUGUGUGAAAAUGUCACGCUGCCAAGAAGGGACAAUCCCGCAUGUUGCACAGAUGACUACACCAUUGCAGAAAUAAAAGCAAGAGUUCAGUGUUUAUGGUUCUGGAGAUGUUUUGUGUACAUCUUGCUCCACUUGUGGCAAAGCUGCUAGUCAUUUUUAGACUACUAUCAAGUGACACCCUGUCACUUAACGCCACCUUUGGCAUGGGAAAUUGCACUCUGGGUUGUGCAGGUCGUGUUAUUCUAGGGUCACAGGCUGGGUGUGGUGUGUGCCAGCUGUUGCACGGCCAGCUGUAGAUGCAUCCCUUCUCCAACAUGUGGUUAAUGGUUUAAAACACCCUGUUAGUCACACAUGUAAUGCAAUUAAAAUGCAUCUCUGAAUGACGCUUGCAGUACAGUAGGUGCAAGACUCAGACCUGUGGAUCUAGUAAUGGAAACUGCUGAUAAGUGAAUGGCUGCAGGUUCCUGAGCUCUGUUUUUUUUUUUUUGUCUGUGUGUUGUGUCAGCAGGACAGGUGUUUUGAUGUCUGCACAGCGAUUGUCUCUCUGGUCAUGUGUGCGUACUGCCCUGAGCUGCGGGGCUCUCAUGCUGGCUUCUCUGCCAGACUUCACCACAGGCAAGAACUGCUCCCACCCGUUCGUACCCGAGCAUGGAGGUUUCCGCUGUGAACCCUCUCCCUGUCGUGGUUUCCCUCAAAAGAGCAUCAUUAGCUUUUUCUGCGAGCCCGGCUACAUUCUGCCCAAACGCCACCAUCGGUCAAAGUGUCAGCAUGGGGAAUGGCGUCCCGCAGUGCCCAUCUGCAUGCCCCAACCAGAGGGUCAUGCUGAACAAAAAGAAAACAUAGUCAACUCUAUCCCAAGCGUGGCUACGACUGCUAUUGGUGUGUCCAUCUUCCUUCUCACCACAACAGCCUGUUUGGUCAUCAAAUCCCAUCUAUUCUCCUGUCGAACGCAACGGCGUUCCUCGGAUCAGUUGGACCUUGUUGUAGAUGGCUUACCUGUAGCUCUUCCCACGUACGAGGAGGCAAUCUACAGCAGUUGGGGCCAACGACUCCCGCCAUUCCGUGGACCCACUCAGCUCCUGCUGACCCAGGAUGGAUCAGGACACAGUCCGCUGACUUCGCUCAUGUGCCCCGAUUCGAAUCACUGCACCGACACAGCCAAUCAGAGCACAGAGACUCCACCGCCUCCUUACGAAGAGGUCCAAUCACGAUCCAGAGACACUGAGAACGACAGUGGCGAGCGGGCUUUGCAAAGUGCACUUUCUGUUGAUAAAAACAACUAAUUACUGGACGUUAAUGAACUCACCCUUAGCUUUUUGAUUGUUCGUUUUCUUGCACAGGAGUCCUUGUGACUUUUCUUUCUGCCUUUGAUUGUGGAUUAAUCCUUCUUUGGCUUAAAUACCAGUGAAGAACUGGUGUAGAUGUUUCGCAAUGACCUUAUUGGUCAGAUACGUUUUGUUUUGCUGGGCAACGUGCUGCAAUAUUAUGUCAAUGUUUUCACUGACCAGCUGGAGACGUGGCUACCGUCUCCCCUCCGUGAGGGGAAACAAGGUGUUUUAAGGGGACUUUUAUGAUUACUGAAUGACUUUUAUUUAAUGAUGUAGGUAUUGCAGUCAUUCCUGUAAGAAUGAAAUGCGGUGUAGUUACAUUUUCAGAGUUAUGAUUUAAGAUUGGCAUGGAAAGAAUAUGAUUUCACCUCAUUCAGUGUUUCUCAGAGCAUUUAGAUUGACUGAAUGUAAUAGCUGGAUUGGGAUUGUGCCUGUUGACUGAUGGAUGUAGUAUAUAUGAUUUUAUUUUAAUUCCUUCCACCUGAACAGAUUUAUCUAUUGUUAAAUAUUGCGUUAACAUACAGAACAGGGGAACAGACUUGAAGUAUGCUUGCUGAAUGGGCUUUGAAUGUUUUGUGUGGUAUUGUUUGUUAAUCAUUUUAUGAUAUGUAACAUUUACAUCAUAUCUUGUAUAUAAUUCUGCACAAAUAGUAUAUGUAAAAGUAAUAAUAAUACAUUUUUAACUUUAUGAAUGGCAUGUUUGCUAUUAAAAAGGAUUUAAAAUCUUUA